AUGUCUCGCUUUUGUAUUUUAAAGCUAUGGGCUUUUCUUGUAACAGCCACGACGAAAAAUCGUGCGUGUCUAUCAACUUCGCCUCAAGUGCAAACCCUACGGGGGAGUUCUGGUGCGAGCUUCUCUCUGACGAUAAGUACAACUCUUCUGUUUGGGCCAAACGCCACCGCCAACCACUAUAGCAUCUAUUCUCCUUGUCAGUCCGAUCCUUGUCUCCAUGGAAGCCGUUGCCUAGCAACAUACACUGAUGACACGUACACAUGCGCUUGCUUGCAGGGAUAUACUGGAAGGCACUGUGAGACGGACAUAAAUGAAUGCCAAAGCAAUCCUUGCCUAAACGGAGCCACAUGUACUGAUCACGUGAAUGGAUACACGUGCAGUUGUAAGCUGGGAUAUACUGGCAUCGAAUGCCAACAAGACAUAAAUGAAUGCCAAAGCAAUCCUUGCCUAAACGGAGCCACAUGUACUGAUCACGUGAAUAGAUACACGUGCAGUUGUAAGCUGGGAUAUACUGGCAUCGAAUGCCAACAAGUUUGUUCCCAGGCCCUAGGCGUGCAGUAUCGGUCCAUCAUACCAGACGCCUGUAUGACCGCGUCAAGCUACUAUGAUAAUGGGUAUGAACCUCGGAACGGACGCCUUAAAAACGUGUAUGUCAGCGACUCAGUGAAUCGAGGGAUGUGGAGCGCAAGACGUAACUUGGUUGGCGAAUAUCUCCAGGUCGAUGUUGGGCGUUUAGUUGGUGUAACCAAGGUAGCAACCCAAGGUCGACAAUGGCAAUUUACCCAGUAUGUGACGAGCUACAAGAUCGGCUACAGCACUGAUCUUAGUAACUGGGCUAUCUACCGCAAAGGAGGAAUCGACAAGGUUUUUCCAGGCAACACAGACACAAGUAGCAUCGUGUACAACCAUUUGGCUGCACCCUUACCAGCUCGUGGUGUCCGGUUCAUUGCUCAAUCCUGGGCUGAUCAUAUUUCAAUGCGUGUGGAAAUUUAUGGAUGUGGCUGAAUAGAUUAUGCGAAAAAGCACUCUGAACAUUUAUUAGAAAUCUCACAAAAGGCGGUAGCAUGAAAUACGCCAGUUUCUACAAAAUGACUAAAUCUUAUUAUUGGAUGUUUCUUAGGGAUUUCGUUAAAUAGAUUGCCAAAAUUCGGGAAAAACUGGAUAGUGACAAACACUCUUAUCCAUUUAUAAUUUGAAUGGCCAUCCAUAUAUAGACAGAAAUCGACACCAUAUAAUAUGAUAUUCGCAGCAGUAUUCUUAUAUUUUGGCACAAUAUUCACAAAAGACACAUUUUCAAAUUAUUCUUUCCCGAGUUGGCCCUUGACACACCCACCCUUCAAUCAGAAAAGCGAGAUGCAACACAAAUUUGCAUGACUGCGAAAUGCGCGCGCAUGGUACUCAGCAGAAAACAUGAGAAGUUCGAAGCUCUUGACAAACCAUUUUGGGGUGGGGGCGUCAUGAUACUCCAUGAAAUGGGAACUGGUCAUUUGAUAUUUGGCCAUCAAAUCUGGCACUUUCCUAGACUAUAGGAUAUAACUCAUAAACCUACUAGUGAGUGAUCGUGUAUGGAUAAAAUGGGACGGUUUAUCUAAAGAGUGGUGGUUCAUAGGACAUCACCAUUUCUCGUUGUCUCAUGCAAAUCAAUGUUGUAUACACAAAUCAAACAGCAGGUUUGUAAUUUUAUUGAGAAUAUUUAUCAACAUUCUAUACACCCACAACAAAUAAAUAAGUUAAUAUUCCAUUCAAUUAUUUCAAUGCCACGUUCAUGUUCACACUCGUAUGCAAACUCUUAUCCACGGAAACCCAGGAUUUACCAGUGAAAAAGCUGGUUUUCCUGGGAUGACAAUCUUUGUUAGUUUUGAACAACACAAACAUGGUUACAGAUGAUAACCACACAAGAAACCUUGGAGAUAACAACUAUAAGUAAUUGCCACAUGGAGGCAUCAAGAGAUAACUCUAUUGGGAUAGAUCGUCACACGCGAGCAAAAGAAGUAGACUGAAUCACGAGCUAUUUUGAUCAACAGUUCCACAAAUAACACUAGAAUGGUUUCUCUCCUCGCUGGGCCGCGUGCGGAGUGAGGGCGGUUGAAACACGUCAGAAAAUUAGGCAACAUGUACAAGGCCGUAACCAGAGGGCGGUACACGUCCCCACAAUAUUUUCAAAAAUCAUAAGAAAAUGACCUGUAGUGGCAUGGCUGUGCCCCCAAUAUUCACUUAAUGUUUCUGUAUAGUAUAAAAAUGCUUCUGGGUUUAUUUCUUUAAAAUAAAAACAAACAAUCGGAUUUUGCCUAAUCUUCCUUUGAAGCAAGCCGAGAUAAACAAGAAUUAAUAUAAACAAGAUAUUUCUCUUUACAUAAAUUAUACAAUGAAAGUAAUUAAAGCUAUUCCUUCGCAAAAAAAAAAA